UCGCAUCUGGAUCUGAAAACUGUCAUCAGCAGCAGCAAUCAGCAGCACAGCCGUAUCGGUGGCCGCAAGGGAGAAAAGGAGAAUCUCAUCACCGGAAGACGGGAAGGUGUACCUCUACAUCUGAUCAUCAUAUCUCUUUUUUUCCUGUCUCUCUCUUGCUUUUUUCCCUUUCAACGGAAUAGUCUCUUCUCUACACCCGAGUAUCUCUCUCAGAAACAGAAGAGGUUUAAAAACAGAAGAGAAGAGUAACGUUACAACGAAGGGAGGGACUAAUGAAGGAAUAAAAAGCAAAGGAGAAGAGAGGAGAAAUUGACCUCUCCCAAGACUACACUCGAUAAUCUCAAUAUCGCUCUCCUUUGCGCUAUCUCUCUCUGGUCAUGGCUGUGCAGGGGACCAGCCUGCUAGAGAACCCGGUCCAGGCAAUUCUGUACCUUAGAGAACUGACCACUAUAGUUCAGAACCAGCAGAGCCUCAUCCAGACACAGCGCCUGCGCAUUGACGAACUGGACCGGCGCGUGGACGAGUUGCUCGGAGAGAACAGGAAUCUACGCGAGGCAAGAGUACAACAUCAUUAUCAUCAUCACCCGGACUCCAACCCGAACCUUCAUCAUCGUCAUCCUCAGCACCAACAUCCAGACACACAACCUCAUGACACCGGGUCUCUGCCUGCCCAGCCUCCGCCUGAGAUUCACCCGGACGAAGAAAAGCCGCCUCCUCAACCCGCUAAUCCGGAGGACAUGCAGUUGGUACCGGCCCAGUCACCGAGCCCUCCGCCAAGCGAGGCCGGCCCUGGCAAGGGGGAAGACGGCAGGACCAGCCCGGGCUGCCGCACACUGAAUCCCCUGUUUCCCCUAGCUCCCCUCACUCCUACCACUCUCUGCCGCUCGCUGGCUCUCGCCAAUCAAUCAGAGAGUCAGACAAUACUACAUCAGUUCUGCUGUCCUGCCCCAGAGGCUGCUCCCACUGGCACCUCCAGUGAUGGGCAGCUGCUGAGUCUGGAGGGCGGGAAUUCCUCCAACGGACAGGAUGGAGAGGGGUCAGGGGGUGUGGCUCGGAGAGAAGGACCCAGCGACUACGAACUUGCCCUGGAGAACAAGACCAAACAGAUAGAGGAGUUGGAACAGAGGUACGGGGGUCACCUGGUGUCGCGACGUGCUGCGUGUUGUAUUCAGAUGGCGUUCCGUCAGUACCAGCUCAGUAAGAACUUCCAGAAGAUCCGGAACUCUCUGUCAGAGAGCAAGUUGCCACGCCGCAUCUCCCUGCGCCGGCCCAACCCCAGCCGGAACCAAAAACCCACCCAGCGACACAGCUUCCUGUUAGAGACCGGGAGACCUCCCCUGCGCCCCAAAACACCCCCACCACCACCUUCACGCUCCACCUCCCUGCCCCCCUCCCCCGCCACGGUCCCGGGCCCCGGGCCCUCGCUCACACAGCUGGAGGACUGCUUCUCAGAGCAGGUACGCUCACUUGCCCAUUCGAUAGACGAGGCCCUGCGUGGGUGGAGCCUGUCGGAGGGGGUUGAGGGGGGGACAGGGGGGCUGCUGAUGGACCCAGGGGCGUUUCGGAUGGCUGCACAGAAUGCCUGUAUGCCUCGCAGUGCCAGCUCCCUGCUCAUGGCCUUCAGAGACGUCACCGUUCACAUCGACACCAACAACUACACUGUCUCCACGACUACCACCUCCACAACCACUGCUACCCACGGCAACACAGGAGCGGGAGGGAGCAGGCAAGCCUCAGUGGACGGGGGAGAGAGGGGAGGAGGGGUGAGGACUCAAUCAACAACCUCCCAGCUGAGGGGUGAGGAGGAGUUUCCUGCCCCCCCUCCCAGUGAGGAGUUGUUGGAGGGAGGAGGGUCGAGAAGGGGGUCAACUGUGACAGGGCAGGGGAGAGAGAUGGGGGGGCAGAGUGGCUCAGAGAGACUCAGUUCCACCUCCACCUCUACCUCAGCCCAGUCUAACCAGUAUACCACUCAGUCCUCCUAUUCUCAGUACCCCCAGUACUCCACAUACCCCAAGGCUCAUCACCCCCAGUCCCAGCCAGGGUCCCAGUCAACCAGGGACCCCACCUCUGAGGCUCUCCAGGCCCUGGUCCUCUCUCUGCCUAGAGACCGCUGCCAGGACCCUACCUCCUGCCGAUCCCCCACACUCUCCACUGACACGCAUCGCAAACGACUCUAUCGCAUUGGACUCAACCUCUUCAACGUGAACCCAGAGCGAGGCAUCCACUUCCUGAUCACGCGUGGUUUUGUCCCAGACACGCCCAUGGGCGUGGCCCACUUCCUGCUACAGAGGAAGGGCCUGAGCCGACAGAUGAUUGGAGAGUUCCUGGGGAACAGUAAGCUACUCUUCAACAGAGAUGUCUUGGACUGUGUGGUGGAUGAGAUGGACUUCUCUGGGAUGGAGCUAGAUGAGGCUCUGAGGAAGUUCCAGUCUCACAUCAGAGUCCAGGGAGAGGCCCAGAAGGUGGAGAGACUCAUUGAAGCUUUCAGUCAGAGGUAUUGUAUGUGUAAUCCCGAGGUGGUGCAGCAGUUCCAUAACCCAGACACCAUUUUCAUCCUGGCCUUUGCUGUGGUCCUCCUCAACACUGAUAUGUAUUCCCCUAACAUCAAACCUCAACGCAAGAUGGGCCUUGACGACUUCAUACGCAACCUACGAGGAGUGGACGACGGGGCAGACAUCCCCAGGGAGAUGGUGACAGGGAUCUAUGAGAGGACCCAGCAGAGAGAGCUACGCUCCAACGAAGACCACGUCACCUACGUCAGCCGUGUGGAACAGUCCAUACUGGGCAUGAAGACUAUCCUGUCUGUGCCCCACCGUAGGCUGGUCUGCUGCUGUCGUUUGUUCGAGGUGGCAGACUUCAACAAACCUCUGAAACAGAAACUGGCCAACACCCAAAGAGAGGUGUUCCUCUUCAACGACCUCAUACUGAUCCUGAAGUUGUGUCCAAAGAAGAAGACUUCUGCUUCCUACACCUUCUGUAAAGCCAUGGGUCUACUGGGCAUGCAGUUUCACCUCUUCAGCAAUGAAUACUAUGCUCAUGGCAUCACCAUGUUGAGUCCGUUCUCUUCAGAGAAGAAGCAGCUGGUGAGUUUCUGCUCCCCCAGCGGAGAGGAGCUCAGGAAUUUCACAGAGGAGCUACGUGAGUCCAUCACUGAGGUCAACGAGAUGGAGCAGAUACACAUCCAAUGGGAGCUGGAGAGAGAACAGGGGGUGCAGACUCACACCCCCCACACCAAUGGAGGACAGAUGGACACACUCAGUCGACACACAGGAUCGCCCACUGCCCAGCAAGAUCUGUAUGACAAGACUGGCAACAACACUGUGGAGGUGUCAAUUCACAAUAGGCUGCUGCAGACCUACCACAUGACCCAGCCCAGCCCUGAUAGGCUGCUCCAGACCUACCAUGUGACCAGUCCUGACUCCACCCAACUGGCUCUGGCAGCACCGGUCAUGCUAAGUGCCACCCACCCCGGAGAGCUCCGCCCAGACACCCUCAUUCAAUGCCAGCAGAUCGUCAAGGUGAUCGUCAUGGACCAGAGCGGCCGCGGGAGAAUGGAAGCUUUCCUCAACCAAGGAAGCCCCGCCUCCCACCACCGCCUCAUCCAAUCAGCGAUGUCCACGCCAGUACGGGUCAGAGAGGGAUCUGAGCCCCCUCUGCCUCCCCCUCCUCCCCCCUACAACCACCCCCACCAGUACUGUCCCCCCGACUCCCCCUGCCCUCUCUCACACACCCUGCCUCACCCCCUCCGCAGACGUAACUCUAGUGGCUCCCGCAGCCUCGUCUGACAUAUGACCCCCUCACCCCUGACCCUACCACACAUUAUCAUGUGCCCUCUGACCUUUUGUUAAAUAGUCAUGUACUGUAUUGGUGAAACACACACAACACAAACACUCAUAGACAAAGAAAGAGAAAAGGUGAGAUGAGGAAGGGAGGAACAGAAAGAGGGAGGGAAGGAGAGAAAGGGAAUAAGCCGAUAAAGCGAGUGGGAGAUAAUGGAGAGGAUUUAAAUCAAUAUAAAAUCAAAGUCAUCUAAUGAUUUCAUGUGUAUUUUUGAAUAGGAUGUCAUUUUGACAACAUUUCUAAACAGAGAUUUUCUAAUCGUCCAGCUCUUGUGACACAGUGUCAUCUGUACAUAUCUAUAUCUGUUCCUGACUUUAGAAAGAACGACUUAGGAUGCACCCUCUCAUCCCCUGAUCCCUGACUCUAACCCUGCCCUGAUGUCACACAGCUGAUAGAACACACAGAUCUCCUCCAUGUGUGGAGCUGUCUGGACAUGGAGACAGGUCACCUUAAUGACAUCAUCAACAUCAUCUAGGGUUUUAGCCCUCCUCUUUAGCACACUAUGUUUUGGUGAUGUGUGGUAAAAUAUGAUAAUGAGAUGCUAAUAAUACUUUUGAUCAUGAAGAAGUGACUAUGUCAGAGUAGCAGGGAGGGAAGAAGUGAGUAUGUCAGAGUAGCAGGGAGGGAAGAAGUGAGCAUGUCAGAGUAGCAGGGAGGGAAGAAGUGAGGAUGUCAGAGUAGUAGGGAGGGAAGAAGUGAGCAUAUCAGAGUAGCAGGGAGGGAAGAAGUGAGCAUGUCAGAGUAGUAGGGAGGGAAGAAGUGAGCAUGUCAGAGUAGCAGGGAGGGAAGAAGUGAGCAUGUCAGAGUAGCAGGGAGGGAAGAAGUGAGCAUGUCAGAGUAGCAGGGAGGGAAGAAGUGAGCAUGUCAGAGUAGCAGGGAGGGAAGAAGUGAGCAUGUCAGAGUAGCAGGGAGGGAAGAAGUGAGCAUGUCAGAGUAGCAGGGAGGGAAGAAGUGAGUAUGUCAGAGUAGCAGGGAGGGAAGAAGUGAGCAUGUCAGAGUAGCAGGGAGGGAAGAAGUGAGUAGGUCAGAGUAGCAGGGAGGGAAGAAGUGAGUAUGUCAGAGUAGCAGGGAGGGAAGAAGUGAGUAUGUCAGAGUAGCAGGGAGGGAAGAAGUGAGUAGGUCAGAGUAGCAGGGAGGGAAGAAGUGAGUAGGUCAGAGUAGCAGGGAGGGAAGAAGUGAGUAGGUCAGAGUAGCAGGGAGGGAAGAAGUGAGUAUGUCAGAGUAGCAGGGAGGGAAGAAGUGAGUAUGUCAGAGUAGCAGGGAGGGAAGAAGUGAGUAUGUCAGAGUAGCAGGGAGGGAAGAAGUGAGUAGGUCAGAGUAGCAGGGAGGGAAGAAGUGAGUAUGUCAGAGUAGCAGGGAGGGAAGAAGUGAGUAGGUCAGAGUAGCAGGGAGGGAAGAAGUGAGUAGGUCAGAGUAGCAGGGAGGGAAGAAGUGAGCAUGUCAGAGUAGCAGGGAGGGAAGAAGUGAGCAGGUCAGAGUAGCAGGGAGGGAAGAAGUGAGCAGGUCAGAGUAGCAGGGAGGGAAGAAGUGAGUAUGUCAGAGUAGCAGGGAGGGAAGAAGUGAGUAGGUCAGAGUAGCAGGGAGGGAAGAAGUGAGUAGGUCAGAGUAGCAGGGAGGGAAGAAGUGAGUAGGUCAGAGUAGCAGGGAGGGAAGAAGUGAGUAGGUCAGAGUAGCAGGGAGGGAAGAAGUGAGUAGGUCAGAGUAGCAGGGAGGGAAGAAGUGAGUAGGUCAGAGUAGCAGGGAGGGAAGAAGUGAGUAGGUCAGAGUAGCAGGGAGGGAAGAAGUGAGUAGGUCAGAGUAGCAGGGAGGGAAGAAGUGAGUAGGUCAGAGUAGCAGGGAGGGAAGAAGUGAGUAGGUCAGAGUAGCAGGGAGGGAAGAAGUGAGUAGGUCAGAGUAGCAGGGAGGGAAGAAGUGAGUAGGUCAGAGUAGCAGGGAGGGAAGACUGUUUCUCCUGACUCCUGGCUUACAGCUGAUUACAAUCUGUAUUUCUAUUCGUAAUAUCUGACUUGUACCCUGAUUAUCAUAUCUGCGUGUGCAUGUGUGUUUGAGAAUAUGAGGGUCUGCCAGUGUAUGUGCGUGUGAAAGGGUGUGUCUGUGUGUGCUUGUUUGCAUGUGUGUGCGAAUACCAUUGUUCUAUUCUCUGAGGUUUUUCUACACUGGUCCAAGCCUCACACUCAGGAAAAUACCAGUACUGACGACAAACUGUUCAACAUUCUAACUUAUCGUUUGAUCAGUAAUAACAUGAACAUUGUAUCUUAUUAACUGGUAAUGUUCUAACGUUCUAUCUAAUUUGUCCUGUUGAAUAUUCAAUCUCACUUAAAGGGUUAACUAUUACCCAUUCUCACAUGAUUAAACCUGUUCUCCACUGGACUGCAUGUCACAUAGGAAUGUAUAUACACACACAGUACACACACAGUACACACACAGCACACACACACACACACACACACACACACACACACACACACACACACACACACACACACACACACACACACACACAGAAUUAAACCACAGAAUUACUUAAGUAUGUUUAUUUGUCAGAAUAUUGAAUAUGUUUCAUUAUUAUUAUUAUUAUAGAGUGUUGUUACAUCUCUUCCUCCCUUCCCCUCUCUCUGAGGUCUGUGACACGUGGUGACCCACUGAGGCUGAUCUUCGUGUUACACCAUAUUAUUAGAGUAUAUCGGAAUACUGGAUAUGUGCACAGUAUAUAGGUGGUAUAUAUAUAUAUAAUGUAAAAGGAAUGGACGGACUGCCGAUGUGUGUAUUUAUGUAUUUGUACAGAGAGGUGGAAAUCUAUUUGUUUUUCAGAUCAUGGGGGCAACAGAAUCCCACUGUUACCAUGAGAGACACACACAGAGAUGAUGACACAUUAUCAUAAUUAGAGCUCUGUGUAAAGGGCUAUACUGUAGCUGUGAUCACACUAGCGUUAGCAUUAGCUAGAUGGCUAAGUGGAAAACAAGCAGGAGUCAUAGUAGACAUUUUAGCAUGUUCUAAAGCCCUAACAUAUCACCCUAACCCUGAGUCUGGCUCGCCUGUCCUGCAUCCAUCUUGGAGAUGUCUUACACUGUUGAAGAGAGCACCUGUGCACCGUCACAUUAAGUAUUUACUAAGAUAUCAUGUUUAUAACAAUUAGUGUUUACUAAUGGAAUAUUUCUAAAGAUUUCUGUUUGAAGAGAAUUACAUAAUAAAGUAGUUUGUACUCUGCCUUGA